GUUAUUCGUUGUUUUUAUACAGGCUUUAGUGCGCCGUGAAUCUCCGCCAUGAAACAGCUCGUGCCGUCCGCCGCCGUCGCCGGUCUGCUGGCCGUCCAAACCUUACUCAUGCUUGGUGUCUUGGACUUCAAGGGGACCGCGGUCCAGGCCCAGGAGAGUCCGUUCGAGUUGCCCGUUCAACUCAUCGGUUUCCCCGUCAUCAUCGUCGCCGUCAAGAUGUCCAAUUUCGUCAAGAAGCUCGCGUACGCCCUGAGCCCGAGCACCUACAGGAGAAAAGCCAAGCGGGACUUGCAAGCUGCGACGUCCGCUUCUGGUUCUUUGUCGUCCUUGGACGUGCUCAAAGCCCAGGAAAUGAUACUUAAAGAAAUGGGUCCGGACGCAUGUGUUUACGAGAAAGUAUGCUCCGCGUACGCCGAGGCAGCCGCGCUUGCCAAAAAAGACCGCCACAACGGAAAGGCCGGCGUGGACAGAAUGGACUGGGAAAAAAUUAUCAGCGGAUACAUGGAAACCGGAGCGGCUAAAAAGAAAUACUAUAUGCUGAGCGUGUUUUUGGGUGAUGUGCUAGGUUCACCCGAGUUCUGUUCAAGGAUCGUACGAAAAAUCAAACGGUGCGAUGUAAAACCGAUCUAUCACCAUUGACACUGUUCAUAAUAUAAUAAUAUUGUGUUAUAUUUUUCAAAAAUUAUAUUUAUUGAACAUAAUAAUAUUAUGUACUUAAAUAAUAAUAAUGUUAAAAAUAUUUUAAAACUACGUGCACGCGUGUUGCCGUGUUGGUAUGCUGUAGUCGUAUUAUUAUUAUUAUUAUUAUUAUUAUUAUUAUAAUCAUCAUAAUUGUGUAAUUUCAUAGACCCUCUCGUUUUAAAUGUUAUCUUAUUUUUUUACAACCAAAUCUGAAACAUAAUAUUAUAUAUUAUAUACUUAAACUAUUGUAAUAGCACAAUUGUCCUAAUGUGUAAAUAAUCAAAAUGUUUUGUAGAUUUAUGUAGAUAGAAUUAAUAAAAUAUACGUUAUAAUGAAAUGUGACCAGACAUAAUCAUUAUUGUCGUUUACAAAUAUAUUAAUUGUAUUUA